GUAAAUUCACACAAAUAUACUUCCUCCCCAACCCCAAAUUAGAGGUAUCAUGUUCAAAAGAUAUCCUGUUCAAACCCAUCGUCGGAUGCCGAUCGCAUCUAUCCCUCUCUCAACUUGCCGCCACUGUUUGUCAGCCACCCAUUACGCCGGUCGUUGCUACUCACAGCGUUCGAUUUCAUUGGUAUUUUUUUGCAUAGAUUCUAUUUGAAUCUUUAGCAAACUCGAACCCCAUUUCAGAUGUAAUAAAAUGAGCAAUAGAAAUAGAAAUUGGAUGUAUGAACGACUUGAUGAUCGUGGUCAUGUCUCUCAUAUUUUCAUUAAUGGUGUGAAAACAUGCAUCGAGUUUGCUUCUACUAAGCAAAGUUAUAUGGAUGGAGAUAAAGUUAAAUGCCCAUGCACAAAAUGCAAUUACAAUGCAUAUAAAGCAGUUGAUGAGGAAAAAUAUCACAUAUACAAGUUUGGUUUUGUUCCAAAUUAUGGGUUUUGGGAUAAACUUAGAGAAACAUCAUUGGAUAGUACUUCAUUAGGGAUGGAUGAUACAUACAUGAGUUUAAAUGAACACCAUGAUCCUACUUAUAGAGAACCGGUUAUGGAUGCAGUGGGUCCUGAUUUCAUGACUAGAACUAUUGAUGAGGAGCCAAAUCCAGAAGAUAAGAAGUUUUUUUGAUAUACUAGAGGUAGCCGAGAGAGAGUUGUGGCAUGGUUGUAAAAAGGUGACACAUCUAUCUAUUGUAGCUCGACUAUUGAAUAUCAAAUCAGAAUAUCGCAUACCUGAGUUAUGUUUUGAUGUCAUUUGUCAAUUGAUAAAGGAUAGGUUAUCGGAGGAGAAUAACAUGGUUGAUAGUUUCUACAAGAGCAAAAAGUUAAUACAAGCAUUGGGUUUACCUGUGGAAUUGAUUGACUGUUGCAGGUCUGGAUGUAUGAUAUAUUGGAGGGGCGACAAAGAUCUUGAGCGGUGUAAAUUUUGCAACGCAUAGAAGUACAAAAAGUCAAGAAACUCAUCCACACGUUUGCGUAUAACUUUCAAGAGGAUGAAUUAUUUUCCCUUGACUCCAAGGUUGAAGAGACCAUACGUUUCACAAACAACAGCCGCAUCCAUGUGAUGGCAUGCUGAUAAUCAUGGCCACCAUGUCGGUGUAAUGUGUCAUCUAUCUGAUUCUGAAGCAUGCAAGCAAUUUGAUAGUAACCGUCCUUCAUUUGCAGCCGAAAGACGUAAUGCUAGAUUAGGCAUAUGUACAGAUGGGUUUCAACCCCAUGGUGCUUCAGGAAAACAAUAUUCAUCUUGGCAUGUCAUUAUAACACCUUAUAAUUUGCCACUGUUUGUGUAUAUGAAACAGCCUUACAUGUUUUUUACUAUGAUUGUGCCCGGACCUACAAACCCUAAACAAAAACUAGAUUUCUUCCUUCAACCAGUUAUUGCAGAACUCAAACAGUUAUGGGAAGAAGGUGUUUUAACUUAUGAUGUUUCUUUGAAACAAAAUUUUCAAUUAAGAGUUGCAUUGAUGUGGACAAUUAGUGAUUUUCCGACGUAUGGAAUGUUAUCAGGAUGGGCAACCGCAACGAAGCUAGCAUGUCCAUAUUGUGGGAAACAUACACAAGCUUUUAGACUUGAAAAUGGUAAGAAGAUAUCAUGGUUUGAUUGUCAUAGAAGAUUCCUCACUAUUGAUCAUCCAUAUAGAAAAGAUAAAGGUAAGUUCAAACAGAAUCUUGUAGAGACAAAAGGUCCACCUCCAAGUAUGAAUGGUGAAGAAACCAUAAGGCAAAUUGAAGAACUUGGUUUGUUAAAAGUGACCGAACUUAAUGCCGAUGUAUUAAAUAAAUCACGUGGAAAUGUGGUUGGAAAAACAGAAGCAUAUUCUGGGAUUUACCAUAUUGGAAAACAAACCACAUUAGACAUAAUUUUAAUGUUAUGUAGAUUAAGAAGAAUUUUUUUGAGAAUAUGUUUUACACUAUAAUGGAUGAUAAGAAGAAGACAACGGACAAUGAAAAUGCGAGAAAUGAUAUGAAACUCUAUUGUAAGAAGACAAAAGGAGUAGAUUAAAUUCAAAGAGCAAAUUAUGCAUUAGAGAAGAGGAAAAAGAAAGUCGUAAGUGAAUGGGUAGAGAGUUUGAGGUUCCCCGAUGGUUACGUUUCAAAUUUGGGGAGGUAUGUAGAUCUGAGUGCAUGUAGACUAUUUGGAAUGAAAAGACAUGAUUGCCAUGUUUUUAUGCAAAAAUUGUUGUCGAUUGCAUUUUCGAGAUGUUGCCAAAAAAUGUGUGGGAAGCAGUUACCGAAAUAAGUCUUUUCUUCAAAAGCUUAACUUCAAUAGUAAUUACAACAGAAGACAUGAAAAGGAUUAAAGCUGAGAUCCCGAUAAUUCUUUGUAAAUUAGAGACCAUCAUUUUCCCUAGUUUCUUUGACUCGACGGAGCAUUUGCCGAUACAUUUUUCGUACGAAGCAAUGAUAGCCGAUCUUGUGCAAUAUCGAUAGAUAUAUCCAUUUGAGGGGCUUGUUUUGUAAUUCACAUUAUAUUUUAGAAUUGUAAGUUGUCACUCUUGGUUAACUUAUCAAAUGUUAUACUUUAGAUUUCUUCACCAGU